CUCGGUGCGGUUUCGGCGGAGUUCUCAGCCGUCGUGGCUCCACGCGGCUCCAGCCUGCAGCGGUCGCUCGCCCGUCGGCCAGUCGGGACUCAUACCGCGCCACUGCAACACGCCUUCCCCCUCCAGCCACAAGCCGCGAGACCGCGACCGUCUCUUAUCUCUUAUCAUUACAAAAAUGAUACAUCAAAUUACCUCACUAGUACUCAGAUAAAGAACACUUCAGCCGUGAUAAUAACACUUCCAGUGCGAAUUUAAUUCGUUUAUGACAUUUUCUCGUGAAAUAUUAUAUUAUUUUGGUGCCUUAAUUCAGGAAUGAAGUAGACACUUGUAUUAAGAGUAGUAACGUAGUGCAGAAAUUUGUGAGUGAAAAUGAAGUUAAUUUUGGUAGUGGUGUCUGCACUCUUGGUGUUGAGGGGUAUCGAGGGUGCUCCGUGUACCAGGGUGCGGAGUGUGGACAUAACGAAUGGAGUUAAGCACCCCAACUCUUCAGUGAUAUAUGAAGGGGUGGAAUAUAAAGAGGGAACUUGGUAUGAGCUCGAAGAGAAUGGGACGACGCUGGUGCUGGGCUGUCCCUGUAUCGGACGGAUAUGUAUACACAGAUGUUGUAGACAGGGCACUGCAUUAUUCAACGGGAGCUGUACUGAAACAAACUCGAGUGCAAUAAACCCUUUCAAUCCACCUGUGUACAAUGGAAAGGUGACUUCGAGCGUGGUUGCGCACGAGCACUUCUUCUACUUGUACUCGCGUCCCUGUGAUGAUAGCUACGGAGUCGACUCCGGCGCACCCGGCGAGGAGCUUUAUAUUCAAGAGAAUGGCACACUAUACGAGGUGGCCACAGGAGGUCAGAUUUGGCACGAACCUACCACAUAUUGCGUAGAAAUGAUGUUCAACCAAGACUUUGCUGAGCCACGUCUGGUGGCUGCUGUAUGCUUCGAUGACGUAGUCACUGAUGACAGUCCAAUCCUCUACACUGCAUAUGCUGUCGGUUUAAUCCUCUCAGUCCCAUUUCUUCUGGCAACAUUCUUAAUCUACGCUUUCAUUCCUGAACUAAGGAACCUGCACGGCAUGUGCCUAAUGGCGUACUGUGGUGGUCUGAUCGUGGCCUACCCGUUCCUGGCUUAUCUGAAGCUCCAUGUUGGAAGGGUUGGCGUCGAGAUGACAGGCUGUCUAGUUGUUGCGUUCGUCGUUUACUACGCAUUCCAAACGUCAUUCUUCUGGCUAAACGUCAUGUGCUUCGAUAUUUGGAGGACUUUCAGAUCUUAUAAAAACUUUGUUAACAAUAACAGUGGCUAUCGAGGUGGCAGUUCAAACAAGAGAAGAGAACGAAGGAGGUUUCUGUUGUACGGCCUCUAUGCUUGGGGCGUUCCUCUCAUCCUCACUGGCAUCACAGCUGGCAUGCAGUUUGGAGACCUCCCCGCGCAUAUCAUCAAACCCGGAUUCGGAACUAAGAGGUGCUGGUUUGUUGACUGGCUGAGUGACCUGGUAUACUUCUUCAUUCCUGUGCUGAUACUGGUGGUAUGCAACGUGGUUUUCUUCUCCGUGACUGCGCACCGCAUUCGUUCUAUUAGACAGGAGACAGCCAUCUUGAAAGGAGCGGAGUCCUCGCGAAGUGACAAGCUUAAGAAAGACAAACAAAGAUACGGCCUCUACCUCAAGCUGUUCAUGGUCAUGGGAGUGAAUUGGACGGUAGAACUCCUGAGCUUUGCAAUCGGAGGCUCCAACUGGUAUUGGAUCAUCACCGACAUAUCAAACAUCGGACUUGGUAUAUUCGUCUUCCUAAUAUUCGUAUGGAAGAAGAAAGUACGCAAUUUGGUACAAAAGAGAUUCCGCAGCAUCUUCGGUCUACCGACAACAGAACACGACCAGCGCACCGGCAAGUGGAACACCACCAGCACUGCGCCCACGGAAGACACGCGCAUAUCUACCGACGAUUCUGCUAUGCGACUAAAAGAUAUGCACUAAUCAUAUAGAUUCAUAAACAUGACAAGCACCAAAGAAUUCUCAUGAACACUCGGAUGCAUCACAAUCAUAAAACCGCUAGUCAACACAUUCAAAAAUUAAGUUACGGCGUAGUUAGCGCUUUAGUUGAAAUUAUAUUAAUGUGUUAUUAUUUUUAUAUAAGGUUAGAUAAGUCGUAUUACGUAUUUUUAGUUGUAAGUUUUAGUUUAAACAGGGGCUUCUGUAGAGGUGUUAACGUAUAGGUAAUGCACGGACUGCGGUGAACCGGUACACCUGAGGCCUUAGUACGAGUUUGUUUUACGUUUAAAUUAUUUGCAACGAGCGCCGGCCGAUCAGAGUGCCGAACGCGUGUUCGGCACUCUGAUUGGCCGGGCGCCAAUAAACCAACAAUCAAUAAACAAUCAUAGCGCCGAACACGUACUCGUUACGAUUACUUUAAACGUAAAACAAACUCGUACUCAGGCCUCUGGCGCCAUUUGAUAUUAGUGCCGUCGCCAGGUAUUACGAGGACGCCAAAUAGUCAAUCGCGUAAAAAAGCUCGUCCACAAAACACAUUAAUCGCACGCGAGUCUUUUUGAGCACCCGAGGCUCUGCCUGGCACUACAAGGGCUAAAGAGGCCCCUGACACAGCCAUAAUGUAAUUACCCAUGAGCAUUUAUUUAUUUAGAGUUAUAGUAGACUUUUAUAUUCACAAAAAGCUAUAUCCAAUAAACGUUAUUUACCUCCCUAAGUUUAAGUUUUAUAUUUACUUCUACCUGAUGGUAGCUACUGAAUUUGUUAAAGUGGCGAGUUGGAUGCAUAAUUGAGUAUUAAUUUUUUAAGUAUUUUCAAUUAAUUCCACCACCUAAAUGUUAGGUUAAGGUGCUUUGUUUGUUAUUAUUUCUUUUGUUUCAGGGCCUUUUAUGAAAACAAACUAAGUACCUAUCUAGUACCUACCUAGA